AUGGCUGAUUCGGGUCCCUCACCUGCCGAAGGCGCUCCCGUGCCCGUUGCCGUGUUCAAGCGGAGAGGUGCCAAAGGAAAAGCCAGCUUGAGAAAGCGACCAGCGACGCCGCCAGCAGCCAACAGCGACAGCGACUUCUCGUCAUCCGAGGACGAAGCAGGCCAGCGCAUCAAGCGAAGGAAGAAGAACGCUUCGGUUGCUGUCCACUCUCGAGGAGUCAAUGGCGGUGGCAGGGACCAUGUGGCGCCGGCGUUUACGGCAGACCGAAGCGUUCCCAUCACGAAUGCCAACGACGCGACGAAAUCAAGCAACUGGUACGACGAAGCUGCCGACGAUGGGCUCUCUUCCAAGAAGCUCCUUGGAUCCACGAGAUUCGUUUCCAAGGACGAAAAGUCCGAUGGCACAUACAAGGGCCUCGCGAACCGUGCCACCUUCAUCCAGAAGAAUCCCGACGCUCCGCAACGGACGGUUGGGCCGAUCAAGGCGCCGACCAACAUCCGGACAAUCACCGUCACCGAUUUUGCUCCCGACGUAUGCAAGGAUUUCAAGGUCACAGGCUUCUGCGGCUUCGGCGAUAACUGCCGGGAGGACUACAAGCAGGGCUGGCAGCUGGACAAGGAGUGGGAAAACGUGAGCAAGGGAAAGAACCUCGCCGGCACGGUGGUGGCCAGUGCGAACCGCGACAGAUCAAAGGACGACGACGACGACGACGCCGAGGAGGCCAUGCUCGAGAACAUUCCCUUCUCCUGCAUCAUCUGCAGGGGCCCCUACAAGGAGCCGAUCGUGACGAGGUGCGGCCACUACUUCUGCGAAGGGUGCGCGCUGAAGCGGUUCAGGCGAGACCCAACCUGCGCCGCAUGCGGUUCGGGGACGAGUGGCGUCUUCAACGGAGCCAAGCGACUCAAGAUGUUGCUGGAACGGAAGCGGGAACGGGCAGCCAGGAGGAGACGGGAGGCAAUGGACGCGGGAGAGGAAGUGAGCGAGGAGGAGGAAGGGGAAGGGGAGGGAGGGGCAGAGGGGGGGCAGGAAGCGUGA